GAGUUACAUCCACAAAUGCCUCGGAAGCAGCCAGCUGGCUGCAUCUUUCUCCUCACAUUCCUUGGUCUGUCUGGGCUGGUUGGCACAGUUACCAGAACAUACUACAUUGGGAUUGUGGAAGAAUACUGGAACUAUGUACCCCAAGGGAAGAAUGUUAUUACUGGGAAAAGUUUCACAGAAGACAAACUUGCAACCUUAUUUCUCGAAAGAGGGCCCAACAGGAUAGGCAGUAUUUACAAAAAGGCUGUUUACAGACGCUUCACGGAUGGAACCUACUCCAUAGAGAUCCCCAAACCUCCCUGGCUUGGAUUCCUGGGCCCCAUCUUGAGGGCCGAAGUGGGUGAUGUGAUUAUCAUUCAUUUAAAGAACUUUGCUUCUCGACCUUACUCUCUGCAUCCACAUGGCGUUUUCUACAACAAAGAUUCAGAAGGAGCCCUAUACCCAGAUGCAACAUCUGGAAGGAACAAAAAUGAUGACAUGGUUCCUCCUGGGAAAAACUACACCUACGUCUGGCCGGUGAGAGAAGAAUAUGCACCUACUCCAGCCGAUGCCAACUGCCUGACCUGGGUGUACCAUUCGCACAUCGACGCCCCAAAGGACAUCUGCUCUGGGCUAAUUGGCCCCCUGCUGGUCUGCAAGGAAGGUAUCCUGAAUAGAUAUUCAGGGACACGGAAUGAUGUGGAUCAAGAGUUUGUUAUAAUGUUUACUCUUGUGGAUGAGAAUCAAAGCUGGUACCUCAAUGAAAAUAUCAAACAUUUCUGCACCGACCCUGAUUCAGUUGACAAGAAAGAUGCUGUUUUCCAGAGGAGUAACAAAAUGCAUGCCCUCAAUGGAUACCUCUUCGGAAACUUCCCGGAGCCUGAUAUGUGUGUUGGAGAAUCUGUGUCCUGGCACCUAUUUGGAAUGGGGAAUGAAAUAGACAUCCAUUCUAUCUAUUUCUAUGGUAACACCUUCAUCAGCAGAGGGCAUCGGACUGAUGUCGUCAACCUGUUCCCAGCCACCUUCCUUACAACAGAAAUGAUAGCUGAGAAUCCUGGGAAGUGGAUGAUAACCUGCCAGGUCAGCGACCACCUACAAGCUGGUAUGCUGGGGCAAUACAAUGUUGAUAACUGCAAAAGUGAUAUUUUCUACCCCAAGAUGAAGGGUCAACAGAGGCGCUACUUUAUAGCAGCUGAAAAAAUUCUUUGGGAUUAUGCUCCUCAAGGCUAUAACAAAUUCAGUGGUCUUCCUCUAAAUGCCUCUGGCAGUGACUCUGAUCUCUACUUCACACAAGGGGACAACAGAAUAGGAGGAAAAUACUGGAAGGUUCGGUAUACUGAAUUUGUUGAUGCAACUUUUACUAAAAGAAAGAGACUCUCUGCUGAAGAAGCCCAUCUUGGAAUUCUUGGCCCAGUCAUCAAGGCAGAGGUGGGUGAUACCCUGUUAGUGACCUUUGCCAACAAAGCCGACAAGGUCUAUAGCAUUUUACCCCAUGGUGUGAUCUAUGACAAGGCAUCUGAUGCAGCCCCAAACCUAGAUGGAUUUGUGAAACCAGGGGCGCAUGUUAAACCAGGUGAAACCUUCACAUACAAGUGGACAGUGCCUGAGAGCGUAAGCCCAACUGCUGGUGAUCCUCCCUGUCUGACCUAUCUUUACUUCUCAGCAGUUGAUCCAAUUAAGGACACCAGCUCUGGCCUGGUAGGGCCUUUGCUAGUCUGUAAAAAGGGCGUCCUCAAUGCUGAUGGGACACAGAAAGGAAUAGACAAGGAGUUUUACCUACUGUUCACAGUCUUUGAUGAGAAUCUGAGCAGAUAUUUUGAUGAAAACAUUCAGAAGUUUAUCUGGCAUCCCUUCAGCAUUGACAAAGAAGAUAAAGAGUUUGUGAAAUCCAACCGAAUGCAUGCUGUUAACGGCUACAUGUAUGGCAACCAGCCAGGCUUAAACAUGUGUAAAAGGGAUAGAGUUUCCUGGCAUCUGAUUGGAUUGGGCACUGACACUGACAUGCAUGGAAUUGUUUUUCAAGGGAACACCAUCCACCUACGAGGGACUCACCGAGACUCCCUGGCCCUGUUUCCCCACAUGGCCACAACAGCAUUCAUGCAGCCGGACCACGCAGGUAUUUUUAGGGUGUUUUGUGCCACCAUGCCCCACCUCUCGAGAGGCAUGGGUCAGAUCUAUGAGGUCAGCAGCUGUGACAACAGGGACCCUUCUGAGCAGCGGUACGGGAUGAUAAGAACUUUUUACAUCGCCGCUGAAGAAGUAGAAUGGGAUUAUGCCCCUAACAAAAACUGGGAGUUCGAAAAGCAGCACGUGGACGCAAGAGGGGAAAGACAUGGAGAUAUAUUUAUGAACCGCACUGAAAAUUGGAUUGGCUCUCAGUACAAGAAGGUGGUUUACAGGGAAUACACGGAUGGAGAAUUUGUGGAGAUCAAAGCCCGACCACCACGAGAGGAGCACUUAGAACUCCUGGGCCCAAUGAUUCAUGCUGAGGUGGGCAACACCGUCCUGAUCAUAUUUAAGAACAAAGCCAGUAGGCCCUACUCCAUCUCAGCCCAGGGUGUGGAGGAGAUGGAUAGUGGAAAGCAAUUCCAAGUGCCCAUGACAAAACCAGGAGAAGUAAAAACUUAUAGAUGGAAUAUCCCUAAAAGAUCCGGUCCAGGGCCUUCUGAUCCCAAUUGUAUUCCAUGGGUUUACUAUUCAACAGUAAACUUUGUGAAGGAUACGUAUAGUGGUUUGAUGGGUCCUCUGAUUACAUGCCGAAAAGGAGUCUUGAAUGAAAAGGGAAGAAGAAGUGACGUUGAUUAUGAAUUUGCUCUCUUGUUUUUGGUAUUUAAUGAGAAUGAAUCCUGGUAUCUGGAUGACAAUAUUAAGAAGUAUCUCAACAAAGAUCCACGAGAUUUUAAGCGCACUGAGGAUUUUGAGGAAAGCAACAGAAUGCAUGCCAUUAAUGGAAAGAUUUUUGGGAAUCUCCAUGGCCUCAUAAUGAAUGAAGAUACAAUGACAAACUGGUAUUUGUUAGGGAUAGGAAGUGAAGUGGACAUACAUACCAUCCAUUAUCAUGCUGAGAGCUUUCUUUUCAAAAUAGAUAAAUCUUACCGAGAAGAUGUGUAUGAUCUCUUUCCUGGGACAUUCCAAACCAUUGAACUGUUUGCAGAUCACCCAGGGACAUGGCUGCUACACUGUCAUGUGUCUGACCACAUCCAUGCUGGCAUGGAGACAACCUACACGGUCCUUCGUAACAUAGACAACAGGAUUCCUUACUCCACCACAUCUCCUGGAGUGGCAUCUCACCCAGCCACAGUGCCAUCUAACGAACGACCUGGCAAAGAGCAGCUCUAUGUCUUUGGCAAGAAUCUGGGUCCAACAGGAGCCAAGGCAGCCUUGGUCAUCCUUUUCAUCAUUGGACUCCUCCUUCUAAUAACCACGGUGAUUCUCUCCCUCAGACUCUGCUCUGCAAUGAAGCAGACAGAUUACCAGCAAGUCCAGUCCUGUGCUCUCCCCACGGAUGCUCUGUGAACCAUCUGGUCUCCCUCAACAGGAAAGGGUGAUGUCCCACAGCUGGCCAGAUGGCAGCCAACAGGGAAACUGGACCAAGGCAUCACUCACCAAGGAAGGUUGACACUGUAUCCUGGAUCAGCCUUCUGAUCCUCUCAAACAUCAUCCAAAGCAAUUUGCUUUUAUUUAUUUAUUUUUAAAUGGGCUGUGAAUAAUCCUCAGGUAUAAAACACAGAAAAAGGAGAAUGGGCAUGGCUGAGAAUGUCAACUCUUAGUCUAUUCUUUGGUUGGAUUCACUGAAUGGGAGACCCUCUGAAAGAUAUCUUUAUAUUCCAUCUUUUAUAAUUCUUGAACAGUGCUUUCUUAGCUAACCACCAAAGUUUCUAGGUGAACAGCUUCUAGAAAAAGAGUGCCUCAGACAUUUAACUGGAAGGGCACUACUUUUUCAACAUUGUUGCAUAACAUGCGUCCCUUGGUUGUUCUGUGGAAAAUAUCUUUCUUAGGAGUUCUUGGAAAUGUCUAAGUCAGUGUCUGCUGAUAGAAUUAGACCAAAUAAAUUUUGUGGAGGCUUUAACCAGCUCUCCUGGCCUUUUCCUCUUUGAUAUAAAUAGCCUGUGCACUGCUUGUUUUAAAAAGCAAAGUUAUAAGUUUUUAAAAAAAAUUUCUGCUGUUUUUAUUCAAACCUGUAGAAAUACUUGAAUGUUUACAACUCACUUCAUGUUACAUGUUUUUUACAAUAUGUUUCUGUGGCAAUGUUUGUACUUUCAAAAAUCAAGUAGAGAAAUUGUAUUUCUACUUCAGACUGUGGGAGGGCUGAAAUCUGUAAAAGAACAUGUUAGGCUCUCCCUUUAUGAAUCAGGGACUCCCUGAGAGUUUAGAGCAAGCUUUCUAUCAGGGAGGGAAGCUUUGCAGGAGGCAAGUCUGGGCUUGAAUUUGGAGUCUGAUUUUUCAUUCAGUUAGAGGGAAUCUUUACAAGUCCUCAUCUUCUAUGAAAUUAUAACAUUCUCAUUGUAUGAGAAACACCAGGAGGAAUUUAUCAGUGUAGGUGACUAGAUAGGAGAAGGGACCUCUAAAUAUCCUAGAUUCUAUGGCUUUUAAAGACAUACCUCUUUAUGGAAGGAGGAAAAAGGAAAAGGAAAGGUGAGAAAAAGAUAAUCUUGGUGGCAGAUUCUCUUAAACCAUUAAACCAGCUUUGAAAAUUAAUAAAUAAUUUCCAUGGUUCAAAUGCAAAAAAAUUAUUGAACAACUAAACUCAACCCAUUAUGAGGCAAUCUACACUGUCCAUACCUAUGCUUAGACAGUAGGUGUAAGAUUGAUAAAAGUAACAUUGUUUAUUACAAGACUGAGAAAUUGCUUUUAGCUCUGGGCGAGAUGCCCUGAGAUUCCAAUGCCAAUGCUAGAUGAGUGAUACUGGUAUGCCUGCCUUAGCAGUGGGUCAUUUGAAUGUCAAAGUGAAUGACAAGGACCUAAGAAAUAUUCUGGUGGAGGGACCUUUCACACUGUCUCAUCUUCAUCUUGAUGAGGGGAAAUGGGUAAUUGGAUAGAAGCUAUAGUCUUAACAUAAAAGGGGAUGCAAAUGCUAAUAGUUCUGUUCAUAGUUUGCUUGAAUGUCAUAUCAAACAGCAUACACAAAAGAUUUUGAAUUUCAAUCUGCUAACCAUUGACAAUGUGAUUUCAUAGUACAUGUUCUACAGUUUUCAUACAUGUGUAGGCUGCAUAAUUUCAUAAUAAUUAUGGUAAAUGCCUUAUUUAUUACCCACCUUAGUAAGACAAGUUGUUCAGUUGUUUUUUUUUCUUUUCAGUUUUUUUUUAAUGAAAACAAAACCACAAAGUAGUUUGAUUGCAUCAUUUAUCAUUUUAAUAAAGUGUCACAUAAGGUGGCUAUUUGCAUGGUUAUUUUCACUUAAAAUUAUCUAUCACUGAACUAGGGGAGGUGGUUAAAGGGGAAUUAAUUUUUAGAUAUUUAGGGGCUAUGACUAUGCCAAUGAUACUUGUUAGAGGAAAUGAAACAAAAUAGUGUAUCUCCACAAAUAAUAUGACUUCUCAAACAUUGUUUCCUCAAACAUAACUAUACUCCUUGUUCUCAGCCUCACUUUUGAGAAAAUCAACUCUGCCUUCAUUUACACACAUAUUUCCUCCUAUUACAAUACAAGUGUCCCUGCUCCUAGCAGGACAGUCUCUUCAUUUGACUUUGGGCCUCAUUGCUUCUUGCUUUCUCAAGACUUCAUUCCCUUGGGUAUCCAUUUUUCCUCCUGCAUCUUUCUAUGAAACCAUCAGCAAUGUCUGCCAUUAAAAACAGAAAGCAAUGUGCUGUCUUAUUUAACUCUAUAACCCCCU